AUGCCUGCUCAAUUUACGGUCCGUGUCUUUUUUCUUUUUCUUUUUUUCCCCCUCUUUUACAAGCAUCUGGAUGCAAGACCAAUAUACUAUCCGCAGAAUGACAUCGAAGAAACAGCCCAACCACAUAAGGAUGAACUCAUUAAUGCAUAUUUCGAGAUAGUUCACAUAUCUUUCCCUAUUGUUAGCCGAAGCGAAUUCGACCCUCAAUUGGCGUCCACUUUAUGCCUAGCGUCAAUGUAUGCAUUGUCUCAUGUUUUCUGCCCAGAGGCAAAGUCAAUUGACCCCUGGGUAUUUCUGAAUUUUCUUGGACGUGCCAUUCCACUUGAAGCUCGAAACGCGAGUCUCGACAGUAUCGAAGCGGCUUUGCUCUACUCUCAGAGGCAUACCUAUAUUUUUCGGGCCCCAACUAUGCCUGGCUUAAUGGCUGAAAUUGGAAAUCUUGUAGGCAUGGCCCACGAUGUCGGCCUCAAUGUCGACCCAACGAACUGGAAGAUACCCGAAUCCGAAAAGAAACGCAGGAAACGGUUAUGGUGGGGAAUAUACAUGCAAGAUAAAUGGUCCGCGUUGACGCUGGGGCGCCCAUCUUAUUUACACGGUGACCAACACAAUGUCCCGAUGAUGACGAUGGCCGAUUUCGAUGACUUUAAAUUUCAAGCUCACAGCACAAGCUCACCGAAUAGCGAAUCUCGAAAAGAAUAUGUCUCAAAAAGAAUGUUUAUUGCGAUGGCUGACUUGACCGUCAUGCUUUCCGACGUCCUAUCCACAUUCUAUACUGUGAGAGCCGUACAGAUGCUGAAGAAUAUGUCUACAAAGGAAAAAGAUGUUUGCAUACUUUCUUUCACUGAUAGACUAGAUCAAUGGCACAGUGUAUAUGGUUUCCUUUUCCACGAAAACCAAGAUCUUUUUCCUGACCCUACUGGCACCUUACAGCUCGGGUACUACACGUUGGAGAUUGCUCUUUGUCGAGCUGUACUUCGUGACAAGUAUGACCACCCUAUUCGAGAACGGGGUGAGAAAGUGGUGUUGCUAGUGAUUGAGCUGCUACGAACAUUGCAAAUCUCCAGGCUCCGUGCGUUUUGGUGGGCUGCUUCCAAAGUAAACUUCUCCAUUGUUGGAGCGUUCAUGUUCAGCAUGCUGUUAACAUCUAUUGAGGAUCAGGAAAUUGAUUCUUGGAUGUCUAGAAUUUCUGUUUACCUCAAACUUUUGAAAGAGCACAGUAUCAACUUUGAUACAACCAAGCUUGCCUGCAUCCGCCUCGAGUUAUUGUCCAAGGUCGACAAUCUCAUGGAGGAUGGGGGUUCUGGUAGAGCAACUGAACCGAUUACUAGCUCUGAUGUGAAUGGUUUUGUUGCUGGUAUGACUGUUCCUUCCGAAUCGACAGAUGACACGAAUGAUGAAAGUCAAGGCCAGACUCAAUUAGAGGAUGAACAUACUAUCUACUCCGUGGACGAUCCGUUCGAGUUCAUGCCUUUUGACCCUUUUGGUGACAGCGAGAAUUUCGACUGGGGAGCAUUAAUGGAAGCGUGA